AUCUAGGGUGUCGCCGUGGUGGCUCCCAUUCGAAGGCGACGGCGGUCGUCUGUGUUUCGGUUCUAAUCUCUCCAGAAACAAACUUCCAAAGUGCUUCGCGAGCGGUGCGUUUGGAACUCGCAGCCGUCUAGUUUUUAUUCAACGAGUUCUCGGUCGAGUUUUUGGCAGGACCCUGGCAUGACGGCUUGUGCGGAGAAUUUGAAUUAGCUCGCCGUUAGUUGGAAGAAAGAGUGAGGAGCCAUUUUGUCCCGACUGUGUGGGAGCGGAGGAAGAGUGGAGAAGAGGAAACGCUCGCGGGACACUCGUGCUUUCUGCCUUCUGUCCUCGUGCUCUGAGCGGGGAGACCUUUGGCUUUUGGGGAGUCUGUCACGUCUCGGUGGUCGGACUCGGCACUGCGGUGGUGUUUAGCCAACUAGCUCGCCGAAGCUAACCAGCAGCAACUGUGAGGAGAAGCGGGCGCUGGGCUCGGAGCUGGAUUGAGACGUCGCGACCUUACCGGUGACCCGUGUUCUUGGUUUUUGGUGACACAAACACUGUUAUUUCAAUGGCGAAGAAGACGUACGACCUGCUGUUCAAGCUUCUUCUGAUCGGAGACUCGGGCGUGGGGAAGACCUGUGUUCUGUUCCGCUUCUCUGACGACGCCUUCAACACCACCUUCAUCUCCACCAUAGGAAUCGACUUCAAGAUCAAAACUGUUGAAUUACAAGGAAAGAAGAUCAAACUACAGAUCUGGGACACGGCGGGUCAGGAGCGGUUCCACACCAUCACCACCUCCUACUACAGAGGAGCCAUGGGCAUCAUGCUGGUCUAUGACAUCACCAACGCCAAGAGCUUCGAGAACAUCAGCAAGUGGCUGCGCAACAUCGACGAGCACGCGAACGAGGACGUGGAGAGGAUGCUGCUGGGCAACAAGUGUGACAUGGAGGACAAGAGGGUGGUGCCCAAGGCCAAGGGCGAGCAGAUUGCGAGGGAGCACGGCAUUAGGUUUUUUGAGACGAGUGCGAAGGCCAACAUCAACAUCGAGAAGGCCUUCCUCACGUUAGCAGAAGACAUCCUCAAGAAGCAGACGCCUGUAAAAGAGCCCAACAGCGAAAACGUGGACAUCAGCAACGGAGGCGGAGGCGCAGGCUGGAAGAGCAAGUGCUGCAGUUGAACGGCUCGCGUGCACACACACACACACACACACACACACACACACACACACACACACACACACACACACACACACGUCUCACUCUCACACUCACACUCACACUCUCUGUCUCUCUCACACUCUAACUGCUAACUCUAACUCGCCCUCUCUAACCGUCUCCUGAGUUUUCUCGCACAUCGACACUCGACAUGAAACAAAAUCCACCGUCACUCGUCUAACUCACCCCUUCCUCCCCUCCCCCCCUCGCUCAUCGUCCCUCCUUUGUUUUAAAGGUUGUAUAAAGACAAGCUGAGAUUUUUUAAAUAUUUUCUUUGCCUGAGCUCACAACCCUCCUCCCUCCCCACCCCUCCCGCAGCACUCCCCCUCAGUGAGAGGGGGACAAAAAAUCCAAGAAAAAAGCAAGUGUUUUUGUACAGGGGUGAGGUUCCUGUCGUGUUGCGCUCUUGUUUGGGAGGCGUGGCUUAGCUCCUUUUCUAUGUGGGGGUUUAUUUUGUCCUGUGCCUUAUAUGGAAGACAGGGGGCGGGGCUGUGUGGUGGGCGGAGCUACACCCACCCCACCACAUUACACUUUAUUCUUCUCGGAAGCGUUUGAAUUUCUCCUGCAGCCAAGAGAACGACGGCGCCAUCGUCCUGUGGCUUCAUCUUUUGUUUUUAUCUGGUUCCUCUCUCUCUCUCUCUUCCUUCUGACGUUUGGGUUUUCGUUCCUUCCUCUUCUUCCUGCAUGCGGAUUUCUUUGGGUCGGAACCGUUUCUGUACCGUUGUGUGGGCGGGAGGUUCACCAGUUCUCUUUGGAAAUUCAAACAAUUUUGCAGAUCCAUUAAAAAUAAGCUUGUUUAAGUUA